GUGCAUUUUAAUUUCAACCAAUCAGAACAGCAAAAAAGUGAUUCAAUUGUCGAACACUUGAAUAAAUAACCAAUCGAAUUUCAGGUAAUCAAGGUGAUUGUUUCCAACAUUCAAUUAAGAUGAAAUAAGUGCAGAUUUAAUUGUCUUAAAGAAUCUAAUGAUGUAAAAUAUACGCAGACAAUGCUUUAAUCAACUUUUUCCCCUCAAGGAGAUAUUCUUUGAAUUCAGUUUAUACUAACACAAUGGUGAAUAUUAUUCUGACCAGUGUCUCAUUGUAUAUUUUAUUCAAUUUAACUGUACAAAGUAUCAAUGAUAUCCCACUCCGUGUAGACAUUGUUGAAGAAAGUCCAAUUGGAAGUAUAGUACCUAGAAUUGCUGAAUAUUUAGAACAAUUAAUAUCACGUGAACAGAUAAAAGGUUUAACUCAAACAUUUCAACUGAUUAAUAGCGGGACAUUUUCAAAUUUAUUCACACUAGAUCCACAUACCGGGCAAUUAAUUAUUAGCGGUAGAAUUGAUAGAGAAUCUUUAUGUUCAUCAUGGGAUGGUACUUCUACUGCUGGGGGUGCUGUCAGUAGCAUUAGCAGUAGUGGUAGUACAGUUGCAUCACAAAGAGAUGCUAACAAAAUGAAUGGAAAGUUUAUCAGUGAUUUUCCAAAUUCAUCCCCAAAUGAAUGUAUACAACCCUUAAACAUACUUAUGACUACUAAACCACAUCACACCACACCUACUGGAAGUAAUGAAAAAUACUCGGAAUCAUCGGUUAAAACAGCAAGGAUAUUAUUACACGUUGUAAUACAUGAUAUAAAUGACAACGCGCCAAGAUGGCACGAAACGAAUAUGUUACAUGUAAGCUUUGUAGAGACACCUUCACCGCCUAACACGAAUGGAUGGAAUACAAUUCAGUCAAUUCUACGACCAAUUAAUGAAAAUGAUGCAAUAAGAAGUGCUAAAUCAAUUGAUCGUGCCUAUGAUCCCGACUUGGGUUCAAAUGGGACAGUUGUAUACCGAUUGGUUGGACCAGGAGCGGAUUACUUUCGAUUAUCAGAUAACGUCAACAGAAUCAGUAACAACAAUAAUAACCAAAAUAAUAAUCAGUAUCAUAUGCAAGCAGGUCCCGAUUUACUGAUACACCGUAAAACCAAUGACUUAACCAUGGAUGUUUAUCACACCAGCAACAAUUUAAAUACACUGACAAGCACCUAUGAUACAUCAUUACAAAUAUGGCCUAUAUUACCGUUGGAUAGAGAGACUAAAGAUUUUUCUGGUCAAGGCGGCAUUUAUAACUUGACCUUGUUAGCAAGUGAUUUAGGCAAUCCACCUAAAACCACCAGUAUACCACUUUUAGUAACUCUAAUCGAUGUAAACGACCAUGUUCCACAAUUUCACAACCCACUAAAUCCAUAUGAAGUAAACAGUCAACUGAAUUCAAAUAAUAAUAAUAAUCCAGAGUUGAAUUAUGUAAUUUACAGACCACUGAAUGGCAAUCUACGUGAAACAUUACCUAUAGGUAGUUUUGUAUUACAACUGAAUGCCACAGAUCAAGAUGAUGGAUUACACUCAAAGUUAAUAUAUGGAUAUUGUCCAUGUGAUCGGAAUAUAGCACAAAAUUAUUUUAAAAUAGAUGCCAAUUCAGGACGUAUUACAGUGAAUAAUGCAUUGGAUUAUGACAAUGGUCCAAGACAAUUUCGAUUCAAAGUUAUAGCUAAAGACAGUGCACCAGAACCGUAUACUUUAACUGGUACUGCAAUAGUUGAAAUUAUGCUUGCUGACGAAAAUGAUGAAACUCCACAGAUUAAUGUAAUGCUGUUACAGCCAAAUUCUGGAUCAGAUUCUCUUCAGUUAUCUAACCAUCAUCAUUCAUUUCUGUUGAAUCAAAAAAAUACAAUUCAUCCAGACGGUGCAAAAUUAUUACGUGAAUAUACAACAACAAUCAGCGAAAAUCCACAACCUGAAACUGUGAUCGCUUACGUUCAGGUGUAUGAUCCUGACCAUCAUGGUCAAGAUCAUAUUCACUGCCGUCUUGGACCAACAGACAACUUCACAUUACAGUAUGAUCCAUCCUCAUCGUCAACAUCAUUAGCUUCAGUAUCAGCUGCAACAUCGUCAUUAGCAGGCAGUAAUUCACUGCUUUAUUUUUCAAAAAGUAAUUCUAUAUAUGAUCAUUCACUGCAACAGUCAUCGACGAAUAUCAUACAAAAUAAACAAGACUAUCGCUUAAUAACAGGGACAAGAUUAACAGAAUUAUCAUCAUCUUAUUCACGUUUAGAUCGUGAGACAACUCCUGUGCAAACAGUCACUUUAACUUGUACAGACAGUGUUGGUAAUUCAGCUUAUGUUCUCAUCAAAAUACAGCUAUUUGAUUUAAAUGAUAAUCCACCACAGUUUGUAAAUAAUGCACAUUUUGUAUUUCAAAUACCCGAAAAUCAAGAACUUCCGGGUAAUAAACCCAUCUGGUUAGGACGUACAAUAGCUGUUGAUUAUGACCAAGGCAUAAACUCUGUGAUCACUUAUCGCUUAGAAAGUGCAGGAAGUCAUGAAGAUAAAGAUUAUGUAGGAAGUGAUAGUGAAACAAAUUCCAUUAUUGCUGGUAGUAUUAACAGUGUAUUUGAAUUAAAUCCACAAACAGGUGAUUUGUAUGUUAAAGUUGUAUUUGACAGAGAGACAGCACCAAACGACGGUGUAUAUCGGUUUAAAGUCCUAGCUGUUGAUGGUGGAGAACCUUCUUUAACAGGAACAGCUCAAGUAGAGGUAUUCAUACUGGAUAUAAAUGACUGGGCACCUCAAUUCACCCGUGAAGUGUACACAUUUAGUGUACCAGAAAAUUUGAGAAUUCAUGAAAUUGUUGGUGAAGUUGAAGCUAUAGAUCGCGAUGCAGACAGUAAGGGAAAAAUAACAUAUCAACUACUCACACAUUCAUAUCAACCGGUGAAUGAAAUUUCUGACUGGUCAACACAACCAAAUAAUCAAUAUAUUACGCGCAGAUUGUACUCAAGAUCAUCCGCAACUGAAACGGAGAUUAACAGAGGAAUUGCACCAAUAGGAAAUAUCAGUGAGUUGAAAAAUACCUCUGCUGAUGAAUUAAUUAGAGACAAACGUUUCAAUAGCACCAGUAAGCAACCUAUUGAAUCAUCAGAUCAAAUCACUGAAGAAAAAUUGGUAACACCACAUGUUCCGAAUACAAAAACUGAAACAUUCAGAGAAGAAGCGAGAUCGGCUAAAAAAAUAAACCAUUCACAUUCAGAUAGAUCGCCUACCCUGAUAAAUUAUUUUGCAGUUGAUCGUUUAACCGGUAAGAUACGGCUGAUACGUUCAUUGGAUCGUGAAUCUAUCGCGUUUUUCACAAUAGAAAUAGUUGCAAUUGAUUCAGCUCCAGUUUCGCCAAUUACAUCAUUACGUCAGAUUGACAGCAUACUUUCACCACCAGAUGCUAGAAAUAAUAAUAGUUUCACAUCACAAAGUGCGUACUAUACACCUGUACAGAAGUCACUAUCUUCUACUGCUACUGUUGUUAUUGCUGUAACUGAUGUGAAUGAUAAUCCACCGAUUUUUCGCCGACCAAAUACAUCAACAGCUAUUCAGCUUAGUUUACAUGAAACGUUGGGCAGGCAACUUCUUACUCUUGAGGCGACUGAUGCUGAUGAAGGUGAAAAUGCUCGUAUCACAUACCAAAUAAGAUCAGAAGUACCUAGACCGCCUGGUGGGUCAGGAACUGGACAUUUCGCUAUUGAUGAAUCAAGUGGGAUGUUAUUUUUAGCAAGACCUUUAAACAAUACAAUCACACAUCGUUUUGUUGUUGAAGCGUGUGAUGGUGGGUCAGGUACUUCAAAACGCUGUACACUGUCUCCAAGCAUACGAAUAACUGUAUUCGAUGGCAUCAAUGAACCUCUAACCAAUUCGAAUGGUGAAGUACUUGUUUACCAAACCGGUACAGCUCUGCAUAGUGACAGUAUUCAUCAAAGUCGUAGACAGUCUGAUCUACCAUUCGAUUUAGACGAUUUGACAAUUGGAUCUACUAUGGCUGCACAAAACAACAGAAGAAAUGAAGUUGUUGUUGUCUGUUUAGUAGUAAUAUUCAGUAUUUUACUUAUGGCAACAAUUUUAUUAGUUAUCUGUUUGGUACAUCGUCGUGGAUUCAGUGCACGUCAGUGGAUGGUCAGUCGGUCAGACAAUUUAACAACAGAGAAACAAAAUUGUAAAAAAGAUCUCAGUAUAGUCAAUAAAGCAGCUAAUAAUCGGUCAAAUAUUGACUUGUGGAUGGAAAACCAAAUGUCAGUUGAUCCUUCUGAAUUGAGAAGUGAUAUGAAGCCUGAAUUAAAAUCUCCUCUUCAAUAUGGGAUAACCAAUAUUCAAGCAUAUCCUGGUCAAGAAGAAAUCGGCUCACCAACUCGCAUUUUAUCAAGCAGCUCUUUAUCAAAUUAUCAUCAAACAGGUGUUAUGUCACCAUUAAUAUCUGAGAUACAACAACAACAACAACAACAACAACAACGAAGUCAACAAAACAGUCAUUUAGCACUGAAUUCAUUAGAUCAUGUUCAAAUGAGUGUGAACAAUACUAAUACACUUAGUCCAAGCCGCCUACGUCUACUUUCUACUACAUCAACAGGAAUCAAUUCUAUUGGUGCAUAUAAUAAAAGAGAUUCGAAUAUACCUCAUGUUCUAAGUAAUUCAGACGUCAAUCAUAUCCUGUCACAAUCAUCAUAUCGGCCACCUUCACCUGAUUAUCAAUGCUUAGAUGCUAUUUGGUGCCAUCAGAAUAAAUUUCCAAUAAACAACAUUAAUGGUAUGCAUCGCUUUCAUAAUCCUUUAACAAAUAAUAAUUUACAAGGUAACGCUAGCAACAACAACAACAACAACAACACCAAUACAAGUCAUCCUAUUCAUCGUACACAAAGAAAUAAUCAAAAGUUAUCUGCUCAAUAUUCAAUUGGUAAUAGUGAAAAUGGUGUCAAGGCAUCAAUGAACAAUUCACAAAAUAUGAUGAUGACAAUGAUGAUGACAUCAAAUGAUUUCCCAGAUUUAUCAGUUGUACCAACACAAACAUCGAUCAACAGUAGUACACUUUUACCGCAUACAUAUUAUGAAAUAGCUACACCAACAGAAACAUGGCAUACACGUUGUCUACCAAUAUUUAUGUCGAGUGGAAAUCCACAUGAGAAUGAAACACACGUUAAUCUGCAUGCUCAACAUUUACAACCUACAGAUAAUCAAUACAAUCUGAAUCAAACAAACAAUAAUCAACACAAUCAACGCUUAACUGAAUUCAAUAGUCGUUCAUAUAAUCAUAUAGCUACAUUAGGAAGACCAACAACAGGGAAAGGUCGUAGACGAUUAACAGCUUCGACAACAAUAAAUAAUAAAGAUGAUAGUAUGUAUAACUUACACGCCGGUGAAUUAGCCAUUCAUUCUGUUAAACGUUCAAUGCAAAAUUCUCAUGGACAAAAUGAACAGUAUAGACUUAAAACAGAGGAUAAAAUGUUGAAAUCAAAAAGCAUCAAUAUGAAUAAUGGUGAUGAUACUGAUAAUAAUAAUGACAAUACUACUAAGGUUAUUGGUAGCAGUACAUAUCACGAUAGUGAUGUGCUUAAUGAUAACAACAUUGAGAUUAGUAAUACUGACAGUAGUAACAAUAAUAGUGAUGAUAAUAACAAUGAUGUGAAUAACGAAGAUGUUCAGAAAUUACAUGGUGGCCAGAUGAUGGAGCAAAAACCAAAUGUACACUACACAUACCAAGCAUUUCGUGAAGGUACAUUUGUCUAGAGCUGUAUAUGUAAAAUACAUUCAAUGAAAUAAAACGAAUAUCUUUUCCCACAAUAAAGAGACGAUGGAGUUUCCCAGUAUUUUAUUUCAAAGUUCAAGAGAUUAAAAAUAAAACAGUUGUGUAAUGUAUUGCGAGGGAACAUGGAAGUAUCAUCUGAACGGGGAACUUUCACCUCAUAUAAAAAAAACACUGCUUCCUCUCUUUUCUCUCUAUUAUCAACGCUUAAUAAACUGAUUGCAUUUAUUUUUCAGUUUUCUUCAAAUAUCAUCAAUUUGAUUUGUAUAAUAUUUUAUUUAUUUCUUUUCUAGGAGAAAAACGGACUGAUCAUGUUUUUUCUUUGUUGCAGUUUUUUUAAACGAAAAAUUUUUACUAGUUACUUCACAUGUUUCUUUUUCUCUGUCUUUAUUGUAUUUGUAUUUCUAAAUAUUUAUGAAGAAAUUUCAGAAGCAAA